AUGGUGGUGCCACUGCCCCCACCCUGCUCUCCUCCUCCAUCCCCGGGGUUUGUGCUCUCUUUCCUGCACACCAAGAGUCCUCAGCCACCUUCUCUCUCAGGCUGUUGCAUCCUGGUACAUCUAUUUCCCAUGUUCCUGCUGAACCUUCUGGGCUUGUGGAACCAGAUAUGCAAAAAAUGGUUCCCCUACUUCGAGAAGUUCACCGUGAUGUACAACGAACAGAUGAUGAGCAAGAAGCGCGAGCUCUUCAGCAACCUGCCGGAGUUUGCGGGCCCCUCCGGGAAGCUCUCUCUGCUGGAAGUGGGCUGCGGCACCGGGGCCAACUUCAAGUUCUACCCGGCUGGAUGCAGGGUGACUUGUAUCGACCCCAACCCCAACUUUGAGAAGUUCUUGAUCAAGAGCGUCGCCGAGAACCGACACCUGCAGUUCGAGCGCUUCGUGGUGGCUGCGGGGGAGAACAUGCAGCAGGUGGCCGAUGGCUCCAUGGAUGUGGUGGUCUGCACCCUGGUCCUGUGCUCCGUGCAGAACCAGGAGCAGAUCCUCCAGGAGGUGUGCCAAGUGCUGAGGCCGGUGAGUGAGGAGGAGGUGGAGGAGAGCCAUCUUCACUGUGAGCAAGGCUGGAUACCUAUGGGCUUCAGGCACAGCUCCCACUGAGGGUGACCUUAGGCA